AUGUCGCGAGUAAAGUUGAAUUUAAUCGCUGCUGCUUGUGAAAACAUGGGUAUUGGUGUUAAUGGUGCUCUGCCAUGGCGCUUGAAAAAAGAGAUGGCAUACUUCACAACAAUGACGAGUAAGGUCAAGGAUUCCAGCAAGUUGAAUGCUGUGAUCAUGGGACGUCGGACAUGGGACUGUAUCCCAGACAAGUACCGGCCUCUGUCAGACCGAGUCAACAUCGUGCUCACUCAUAAUGUCGAUGCUGUUAAGGAAAAGGUGCCAGAAGGAGUGGUGGUUGUUCCAGGAUUGGAUGAGGCUGUCCAGUACAUCGAGGGUCGAGAGGAUAUAGAGUCCACCUGGGUCAUUGGAGGAUCUUCCAUCUACCAGGCAGCCAUGACACAUCCGAACUGCGGCAAGAUUUACCUGACGGAGAUACAGAAGUCCUUCAACUGCGACACUUUCUUCCCAAACAUCGACAAACAACAGUUUCAUUUAGUGAACGAGGAAGAAAUACCCGAAGAAAGGCAGUCCGAAGGUGAAAUAAGCUACUUUUUCCGAGUUUACAAGCGAUUGUAA